CAAUAAAACUGCCGUAACGAACCGUCACACGCUGCUCUGCUCUGCGCGGCUGCACCCUCCCUCUCUUUCUCUGGCUCUCUCCAUAAACAGCAGCAGCGACGAACAGUUGCAGACGCACCAGGUCAUCACCAGCGGCAGCCGCGCGGGGCCGGAGAAGAGGAGAGGAGCGCGCGAGGUCAUCGUCGGCAGAGGCCGGAGCGAGCGAGGUGGGCACAGGAGGAGAACGGAGCAGGGGAGCGUCGUCGUCGGGCGUCGAGGCUGGCCGCCGCGAGGAUCCCGGCGCCCGUGCGCGCUGUCAUGGCGUGGUGGCGGAAGAAGGUGGUCACCCCGGCGCGCCGCGCGUGGGCCGCCGUGUCCACCCGCGUCCGCGCGCGCAACACAGGCAGCGGCGGCAGCAUAUUGAAGCUUCACGAGGAUGUGCAGACCUGUGGCUACAGGGACGUGCAGGUGAUGUUCGAGAUCCUGACCUCGGAGCUGGAGGUGGCCUCGCACGGCCCCAAGCACCAUCACCAGCGCAAGCGGCCGGCGUGGACGCCGCCGCCGCCGUGGCCCAGCCACCGGUCGUCGUCCAUGAUCGCGGCCGCGCAAUAGGGAGGCCCCGACGCCGACGUGACAUGGACAUGGACAUCAGGACAUGGAAUGGAAAGCUGCAAGUCAUGGCUAAUAAUUAUAAGCAGUCAAGAACACCGGGUUAGUAAGUGAUGCUAGCUAUUUGUCUGUCACUGAAAGUGUUGUGCCAAGGUAUCAGGCAUGCGUCCCCCUGCCCGUCUGUCCGGCGAAAGAGCGCGAAGAAUCCAGCAGCGUCAGUCAAGGUGUAAGUGUGUGUCAUAAGCUGGUCUGAAUGAUUGUACAUACUACAUACAUAGCACUUGUGCUGAAUUUUUCGCAAAGACUCGGAGAAAUAGAUGGAGCAAGAGGGGUUUAUUUUUCAAUUAUCUUGUGUAUCUUCCUGUUGCCAUUUGUAUGGUUUAUUUGCUGCUUAAGCUAUUUUCUGAAGAAUUUUAUGUGAGAAGCUGUUGGCA